GAGAAAACCGUCUCCUUUUCUGAAACCUGGCGCCACAAACGGAUAAGUGUCCUUCAUUUCCUUCAUCCCUCUCCCUCUACUACUUCUCGUCUUCGCUCGCGACUCCACCGGGUCACUCUGCGCAACCCCUCAGCCGCCGGAAUGCUGGCAAAUUCUAGCACCGGCGCCCUGCAUGGCGGCAUUUCUCGUCCCCGAAGCUCUCCGUUUCGACUAUCCAGUAGCCACUGCUGCAAGCUCCCCGUCUCUCCAACUUGCUCCCGUUGCAUUGGUCCAAGAAAAUCAAGGUCCCGCGCCUUAUCCCUGCUUUUACCGAGAAAAGUUGCCACAAGUUUCGGCCGCGUUAGAGCUUCCGUUCAAGACCACCAAGUCCCGGAGUCGGUUGCCGUAGACGGAGCGCAGUUCUUCCCUCAAUACGUUUCUGUUAAAAUCCCCUACGGAGACAGAGAGAUAUUGGUUGAAACAGGUCAUAUGGGAAGACAAGCUAGUGGUGCUGUGAUGGUGACUGAUGGAGAAACCGUUGUCUAUACAUCUGUAUGUUUGGAUGGUGUUCCAAGCGAGCCUUCAGAUUUUUUCCCUCUUUCUGUUCAUUAUCAAGAACGUUUUUCAGCUGCCGGUCGAACAAGGUCCUCACUUGCCGACUCAUUGAUAGGCCAUUACGCCCAACCAUGCCAAAGGGCUUCUACCAUGAAACUCAGAUAUUAUCAUGGGCAAGUUUUGAGCUAUGAUAGUUUGCACCCGCCUGAUGUAUUGGCCGUCACCGCUGCUGGGAUAGCAAUGUCUCUAUCGGAAGUUCCAAAUACAAAGCCCAUUGCAGGAGUUCGAGUUGGUCUUAUUGACGAUAAAUUUAUAGUAAACCCCACAAACAAAGAGAUGGAGAAUUCAGUGCUAGAUUUGGUGCUGGCUGGUACAGAUAGCGCUAUCCUGAUGAUCGAGGGAUACUGCGAUUUUCUGCCAGAGGAGAAGUUGUUUGAAGCAGUAAAAAUUGGCCAGGAUGCAGUACGGUUAAUUUGCAAUGAAGUGGCGGCUUUGGAGGCAAAGUGUGGAAAACCGAAAAUGCUUGAUGCUAUAAAGUUGCCUCCUCCUGAGUUAUAUAAACAUGUGGAGGAGAUUGCUGGUAAUGAAUUAGCCGAAGUGCUACAGAUUAGUAACAAAAUACCAAGAAGGAAGGCCAUUUCAGCUUUGGAGAAAAAAGUAAUUGGUAUUCUUACAGAAGAAGGUUAUGUUACUACGAUCUUAGAUUCUGGCGCUGCAGAGUCAACAUUAGAUUUACUUGAGGAGGAAGACGAGGACGAUGAAGUGAUUGUUGAUGGUGAGGUAGAUGAAGGUGACGUCCAUAUAAAGCCAAUUCCAAAGGAACUUCCUCCCCAGUUGUUUUUGGAGGGUGAUGUAAAGCUUGUAUUCAAAGAGGUCUCAUCCAAAUUCCUCCGCAAGCGAAUCGUACAGGGUGGGAAAAGGAGUGAUGGGCGAACCUCAAAUGGAAUACGUCCAAUAGAUGCAAGAUGUGGCUUACUACCCAGAGCUCAUGGGAGCGCACUAUUCACUCGUGGAGAAACACAGGCCCUGGCUGUUACUACGCUGGGUGACAGGCAAAUGGCUCAAAGAGUUGACAACCUUGUGGAUAUAGAGGAAUUUAAGAGGUUCUAUCUUCAGUAUUCAUUUCCUCCAUCAUCCGUUGGGGAAGCAGGGCGAACGGGAGCACCUAAUAGGCGAGAAAUUGGUCAUGGGAUGCUUGCAGAGAGAGCUCUUGAACCUAUAUUGCCUUCCGAAGACAUUUUCCCAUACACAGUACGAGUUGAGAGUACCAUUACCGAGAGCAAUGGUUCCUCAAGUAUGGCCUCUGUCUGCGGAGGUUGUUUGGCAUUACAAGAUGCGGGUGUUCCUGUAAAAUGCUCAAUUGCAGGCAUUGCAAUGGGCAUGGUCCUUGACACUAAAGAAUUUGGUGGUGAUGGAACACCACUAAUCCUAUCUGAUAUCACUGGAGCUGAAGAUGCAUCUGGAGAUAUGGAUUUCAAGGUUGCUGGAAAUGAGGAUGGAAUAACUGCAUUUCAGAUGGACAUAAAGGUUGGAGGAAUUCCUUUACCCGUUAUGAGAGAUGCUCUACUACAGGCAAGGGAAGGGAGGAAACGCAUUCUUGCUGAAAUGUUGAAAUGUUCUCCACCCCCUUCUAGCAAGCUGUCUAAGUAUGCACCACUCAUACAUAUUAUGAAGGUGGAUAAAGAGAAGAUUAACAUGAUCAUUGGUCCGGGUGGAAAGAAGGUGAAGAGUAUCAUUGAAGAAAGUGGUGUGGAAUCCAUUGACAUGCAGGAUAAUGGCAUUGUAAAGAUCACUGCAAAGGAUUUAUCAAGUAUAGAGAAAUCAAAAUCUAUCAUCUCUAGGCUUACAAUGGUUCCAACUAUUGGUGACAUAUUCAGGAACUGUGAGAUCAAAUCAGUUGCUCCUUACGGUGUCUUCGUCGAGAUAGCCCCAGGGCGUGAGGGACUUUGUCAUAUUAGUGAACUCACUUCAACUUAUUUGCCAAAGGCAGAAGAUGCCUUUAAGGUUGGAGACAAGGUGGAUGUUAAGCUUAUCGAGGUAAAUGACAAGGGACAGCUGCGCCUUAGCCGCAAAGCUUUACUUCCUGAUCAAGCUUCAUCCGGUGAUGCAACAAAAACCAGUAACUCAGGAAAGAAGGUUCAGAAGAAGUCAGCUAGAAUCUCUGGCAAAGAUGGAGCAACUGUCAGCAAAGAACAGUCAAAGAAGAGCAGCGGAGGUGGCAGCAGCACUCUGAUUGAAAAAAGCAAAUUAGUCAACGGAGAGGCUACGAUUGGAUAGAUCGUAGUUCGUUUUUGAUGAGAUGGGGAAAUUAGUCAAUCAUUGUGCCUAGAGCUGCAAAUUCUCGAUCCAUAUUCUCAUGGGAUGAACAGAGUUAUGAUGAAGGAAGGUAGCUUUCUCUUCCCUUUCUCCAUCACAGUGGCAUGUUGAUUGUUGAUAUGCCACACUUAGAUGUUCAGAUAUAGCGCGACACCAGGGGCAGUUCUUCCAUUGCGUAGAGAAUCCGAAUACGACGUUUGAGUGUGUGAACCAUCCGGGUGGAUAAAAGAAUCAUGUGUACUUGGUGCUGCUGCCUGAGAACUCCGCAAUGCAAUUCUCCAAAGAGGCAACAUAAUGCAAUUCAUUCAUCAGUGUUGUUUCUCCCAUGAGAUCCAUAGGGGAGUGGGGGAAGGUUUUACAUUUGAGAUUGCAUUUCUGGGGCAUUUGGAGGAGCGCUUGUUUCUGAACUUAGUAUACUGUUUGUAGCAGUCACUAUUCAUUCUUAACUAAUAGAUAUUCGGGAAACUAUUGAAGUGCUAUCUGUUGAUGUGUUGAAUUCGAGUUCUUGCGAACUGGUUCUCCCUUUUCGAUUUACUGUUUUGUAGCAGAGAGAUCGUUUUUUCCUUGCUUUCCUCAUGUUUUCUUAUCUCCAUGGUCUUUUAGGCUUGGUUAUAUGGUGAAGAAAGACUAUCGAAAGUAUCCAGUCUAUACUUC